CAUGAUAACGAGGCAUCAAGGGCCGCCAAGCUCAUAACAACUAUGGCGUCCUUUCAGAACAACAUUGUUUACGGUCCUUCGUUUUUCACUGAGGAUGAUAUUCCUGGCAGUUCGUUGGAUGGAAGAAAUCCGAAUCGAUUGAAAAAUUCCGAAUUAAAGUUUUGGUUGAAGUGUCGUGGCGAUUCGUGUAAAGGAUUGUCAACCAAAGCUCAAAUUUGUAAGCGGUAAGUUUCAAGACCAAACAACAAGCUUAGCGUCGUUGCUAUGGCUAGAGUCUCAAAUAUUUCCAUUAUUUUACAGGGUAAACGAGUACUUGGAGGCAAACAUUACCCACCUCCUUGUUGAUCCGGACGAAAAUGUCAUUUAUACCAGGCGUAAAAGACGACUUCUCGGUGGUCAGGAUAAUUCUACUAAUCCAAACUUACCUCCGGUCGACGAGCCACCUCACAACACAAAGAAGGUAGCUUUUCCUGCAAAUGGCUGGGGAACGUCUCUGGAAAAAAGUCCACUGUUUACCCGUGCAGAAAUGGAUCGUCAUAUUUCCAAAUCAGGGAAAAAGCACAAUAACAGCGCAGAUAAUCACACGUUGCCCACAGGACUGCGGAAAGCGAAGGGUUUUCUUGCUGAUGAAUACCUUCAUGACAUACAAACCUAUCACGAUGAAAGGUAUUUCUAUUAUCGCGCCAAGUGUUUUCACAGUUUCAAAACUCGUGAAGAGCCACAUAAAUUGAAACUUGCACUUUGUAUUGUUUCUGGAGAAGUCGAGCAUGCAUAUUGUGGGCCAAGUUGUGCAGCUGGAAAGUCAGGAUUCUGCAACCAUGUCCUGGCUUUCAUGAUGAAAGUAUGUAAAUACUCAUUGUUUAACUGUAAGGAUGUUCGGGACCUGAGAGAUGAAGAAGAUGAAAACCCGAGCACAGCAUGUACUUCUGCCUUGCAGAGCUGGCACCGAUCAAGACUUGACGGGAUCCAUGCCCAGCCUGUUAUGGAAGUAGUGAUUUCCAAUCCAGUAAACAGUGCUGAUAAAAACAAGAAGACUGGGGUGACUUGCCUACUAAGCGAAGCAAGGAGAGGAGAAAGUGACACUAAUGGAAAACUUAAAAAUUUAAUUGAAUCUCUUGAGCAGCAUAGCUCAAAAAUAGGUAUUACACAAGUUGUCCACACUGCUAGUCUUGAUACUUUGCCUACUGUGGACACUCGCUUUGGAAAAUGUCCAGUUGGAUCAUAUGGAUCAUACCAGCUAUCCUUCACAGAGUCUAAUUUCUCUUACAUAAGCUCGUUUGAUGGAUCUCAAGAGGUUGCUCACUGCACAGCAACUGAAUUCCCCGCUUACCCCUCUUUUCCUUUGGAUGAAUGUAAUGGCUCUUUAGUUCCACCAGACAAUCUAACUGAGAAAGAGCAGGAACUGCUAAGGAGUCUUAAUGUAAAUGUUAUCAAGGCCAACAAAAUAGAAGAAAAGACAAGAGAGCAGGCGGAGUGUGUGGAAUGGAUGCAAGAACGCAAAAACAGAUUUACAGCAUCUAACUUUGGGAAAAUUUCAAGGAGGCAAAGGAACCAUAAGAAGUUUGUUGAAGAUCUUUUGGCGCAAAAACCGAUUUCUGCUGCGGCAUUGGAACAUGGCAAAAAAUAUGAACCAGUGGCCUUAAAAGAGUACGAGAAAUAUCUGCGUAAAGUGGGAAAGCCUGUUAAGGUACUCAAAAGUGGUCUGUUUGUGUCACCUAAAGUUCCAAUUUUAGGUUGUUCACCUGAUGCUAAAGUCAUUGACUUGAGCUGCAAAGACAGCUUUGGAAUUGGGGAAGUGAAAUGUCCUUCUUCUAAAUUUAAUGUUACACCCCUUGAUGCUUGUGACGACCCUGGCUUCUUCAUGGAGAAGAAAGAUGGAAAACCCACAUUGAAAAAAGGACAUGUCUAUUACGACCAAGUACAAGGACUUAUGGGACUAACUGGUGCCCAGUGGUGCGAUUUUAUUGUUUAUACAAGUAAAGGACUUAGUGUGGAGAGGAUCAAGUUUGAUCAAGAUCACUGGGAUACCCUCUGCGAGAAACUGUGUGAUUACUACUUUAAAUAUUUCCUUCCUGUAGCUGCUCUGUAG